AUGGAACAUAGGCGGCGGCAAGCUUCUGCAUCGACAUCCACGUCGCAAUCUCACGACGAUCGACCUACAAAGGGGUCAGGAAGUGCUACUCCGCGACCAGAAGAGGAAGAGGACGGUGAGUCGAGCAAGCAGACCUCCCCACCGACCAUGUCGGCCAGCUGGACGGCUCGCCGCAAGGUGAUCAACCGGCCGCUCCGAGCUGCCUGCGCCAUCCAUCCGGGCUCUGCUGACAUCCUAGGAACUAGCCGUCGCACUCGGGGUCGGAAUCCACUGCCGCCGAGCUCGGGGCCGCUUUUCCCAGCGCUACCUCCCAAAAUCAAGAAUUCACCAAAGGCUUCUAGCCGGUCACCAGCCGGCCGUACCGCCCGUUUAUCGUCCUCGAGCGCUCUCACGAACGCUGUCAACGACGAGGACAGCAACAUGGAAACCCGCGACGCUUCCCCCUCCAAGGCCGCCCCUCCGAGUAUGUCUGGCUCUCUCUCGCCUCCACCAGCCGACGGUGACGACCUCGACAGCAAGAAAGACAAUGGCGGCGAUUGGGAGGCUUACCGUCGCGGACGGGGAGUGCGAGGGUUCAAUGCUUCGAAAGCUGUGAAAAUUGAGCAGAUGGACGUUGACGAGCCCUCUGCCGCCAAGACAACUCGUUCCGAGAACAACGCCGAGGCCGCCUCGGGAACGGCCACCGCCGCCAGUGAGGCGACAGCGAGGGACGCGCCCGACCCCAGCGACGCCGACGACGCGAACGAGACUGAGGAAGUGAACGGCACCGAGGGACGCCGGUCUGGCGACACGUCACUAUCCAAUUCUGUCGAGCCGAAAGCCCGCAAGAGACGAGGCGAAGACCAGCUCCUGCUGGACGACCACCUCCUGCCAAAGGAAAUUCGUGUGCCAGGCGGACAGAUUGCUCCGCGGCGAGAGAAGCCCGGAGGCAAGCGCGCAGCCGUCGAGGAGCCGCCCAAGGAAGAGGUCGUCGAAGAGGCGCCGGAGCCUGAAGAGGAGGAGGCGGAUGUCACCGCCGACGCCGCCGAGGACGCCGAGGAAGGCGACGAGGACGACGACGGCAAGGACAUUACCAGAUGCGUCUGCAAGCGCGAGGACAUCGACGUGAUGAUGAUUCAGUGCGAUAAAUGUAAUGUGUGGCAGCACGGUGCUUGCAUGGGCAUCUGGGGUGACGACGAGGCACCGGACGAGUAUUUCUGCGAGGAAUGCCGACCUGACCUCCAUGUGCCGCUCAGAAAGUGGAUUCGCCAUUGCGGCCGCAAUCCUGCCAACUUUGUCGCACCGACGCCUGCCGACCUGCAGAAACUGCACAGCUCGAGCGACAAACUUCCGCCGUCACAAUCCAAGCGAUGGACCGACCCCGAGCUCAUGGAACCGCCACCUCCGCCCAAAUCGUCGUCGCGUGCCCAGAGGCGAGACUCGGAAAUGGACAGCGACCGACGGUCCUCGCGACGAGGCGCUGCUUCGUCAAACAAGCCGACGUCGAAGGACGGGAGCCGCAGCGACCGUCGGCGAGGUCGCCGAGUGUCGAACGAUCUGUCUGCGUCAACGUCUCCGCCACCGCGGUCCGAACCUCGCAAGCGCAGCACGAUGAACUCGCGGGAUGCUGCGUACGAGGACGAGGUUAAGGCUGCGCUUGAGGCGAGCCGAAGAGAGAUGUCGGGCGGUGCUGAGGACACUGACACGACGACGACUGCUCAGCCCCGGAAGAGGCGGCGAGACGAAGACACGGCUGAAGUUGAGGAGAAGCGGCCCAAGAAGAAGAAGGACGAUGAUGGUGAGCUGCCGCCCUUACGAGCUUCUACUGACGAUAGAAACGUCCGAGGCGCCCCCUGCCCCGCCAAAGCCGAAGCAUCCGAACCAGUACACGUAUCGACCGAAGGGUGCCGCUCCGUCACCCGCGCGGAGACAUGCGAGCACGCCGCAGCCAGGCCUGCCGCCAACACACGACCACGGAACGCGUCGCGCGGGUGCCAUCGCGUCCAACCUGGCGCAGGUGAACUACACGGCGUCCUCGAUCCACCACCUGAACUGGUAUCUUCCCGAUCAUCUCUCAGCUCACGAGGAGCUGCUGCCGAGUGCGACGCCGGAACCGCUCAUAGUCCCGACUCCACGGAACCUGCAGUUCCUGACGCGGUCUCACUUCCUGAACCAGCGCUACGGGCCGUUCACAGAGGAGCGCAGGCCGGACGGCAAGCUGAUCAUGCCGGAGGACCGGCCGCUGCGGGACGUGGAGGGCGAGCCGUCCUGCCACCGGCAACCGCCCACGCGCGAAACGUGCUCGAGUACGUCGGCCGUGUGCAGCACGAGGAGACGCGGCGGCUCGAGCGCGCCAAGCAGCUGGGCAUACCCGAAGGCAACGUGCCGCGCAAGCUGCCGCCGAUGGAGGAGGACCCGAAGCCGAAACGCAAGCGCGGUGACGAGGAGGACGACGCUCCGCCCCCGGACGAGAUCUAUCCCGGCCCCAGCGGGCCCAGCUCAAGCGUGCUCCUAGACGAGCUGACGCGAGACCUGAUUGCGUUCCAGGAGGCAUUCCAGACCGGCGACUUUGAGGGCCUCACGUUUGCUGAGCCGCCAGUUCGCGCCCCGCCAGAGCCGGAGCCGACGCCAAUGCCGGAGCCCAUCCCCGUCGAGCAGCCCGAAGCCCCCGCUGAAACCACGACUGAGGGCGAAGCCGCAGCCGACUCGAAAGAGGGCAACGAGGGUGCCGCCGGAGACGGCGACGCGGCGAUGGGAGAAGAGCCCCAGGGCGACGCCCCCGUUGACGGAGACAAGCCAGAAGGCCCAGCCGGAGGCGCCGCCGAAGAUCCCGUCGAGGGUAAGGCCGAGGGCAAGACAGAGGACAAGGACGCGCGGAUAGAGCCGUCCAAGCCUAUCGAGCCCGAGUCCGCCGAGCCCGCUGAGGCGGGCAAGUCUGAGGAAGGGAAGAGGGACGAUCGAGUCGAGCCCGAUGCCAUGCCGCCCGUGAAUGGCGAGGUGACCGCGGAGGCGUGA